AUGCGAUCCGUUCGAAUGGGCAUCUCAUCCUUCCUCAGUGCUUUCGCUUUUGUUGCCUUUGUUUGGCACUUCUGGCAUUCCACUCAUGCUGGGUCCAAAAGCGUACCCUCAGUGAUCAGUGCUAGUGCUGCGCCCGGCACACGGACACACCAGAAUUAUGCCUAUGACAAGCAGAUCAGAAACGAAACAUUAGGGUUCCAAAAGGUCUUUGUGAUCAGCCUGCCAGAGCGUGGUGACCGCCUGGAUGCCUUCGCCCUCUCCUCAUCUCUUACUGGGUUCAAAGCCGACGUGGCACAUGGUGUCAAUGGUUCAACCGUUCCAGACGCUGCCAUUCCGUCCACCGAUGGCCUACAUAAAGUCAACACUUACGGAAUGAAGGAUCCACAUGCAAGAGACGCGGUUGUGGGGACAUGGCGAGCCCACCUGAACAUUGCCAGGACGAUUGUGCAAGAACGCCUCUCCUCAGCCCUCAUUAUAGAAGACGAUUCUGACUGGGAUGUGACCCUCAAAGAUCGCCUAGUCGACUUUGGCAAUGGCGCUCGUCACUUCUCGAAACAUGCCACGGGGGAAAAGCCAAAGAAUCCAUAUGGUGACAACUGGGAUAUGCUCUGGCUUGGGCACUGUGCAAUUACGGAGUGCCCUGCCGUUGACCCUCACUCCUCCACAGACCCGAACAAUCCUCAUCCUCCAGAACCCACACAGCUCACACAACAACGAUUCUUGAUUGAAAACGAUGCUACCACCCCACCUCCUGCCCAUCGUUUCAACUUCGCCACCAUUCCAGAUCUCUCCCCUUACGCUGACACAACUCGCGCCGUCUUUCGCGCCGACUUCGGUAUUUGUCUCUACUCAUAUGCCCUCUCCUACAGCGGGGCUCAAAAAGUGCUACGCCAGCAGGCUGUAAGAACCAAAUGGGCCCCGAUCGACCUUGGCAUGGGGGAAAUGUGCAAAGAUCAGGCCCAGCCAUUUAAUUGCAUUGGCGUGUUCCCGCAACUUGUUGACAGUCACAAGAUGGCAGGAGCGUAUGCACGAGACAGCAAUAUUGAUCAAAACCCAAAGGACGACGUUCGAGAAAUGGCAUACACCUUUAAUCUGAAGUACAGCACGCGUUUGAAUGUCGAUCGGCUACUGAGGGGUGAGGCACCGAUAACCCAGUGGCCGGAUGAUCCCGAGAUUGUCGCAGCGCCUGGUGGGACCAAGUAUCGAGUCGAAGACGUUCAGGCGGGGCAGACAGCGAACGUCAUGCCUCAAGGAGCAGUAUUCGCGAACGGCGAAGGCCAGAAGACGGACGGCCAGCCUACGCAGUAA